AUGCCAUCACCAAUGACAUCUUUUCCCGUUUACAUCAAGAUUCGUGUCAAUGAUCAACCAACCGAAACAAUUGUUGAUACAGGAUCCGCCAUAUCAAUUAUUCGUUUAGAUUUUCUUAAAACCAUUCAACACAACAAUUUAAUUUACCAAACCAGAACAUGCCAAACAGCAAAUUCAACAUCUCUUAAUAUUAUCGGUCACAUUAAAUUAGAAAUAAAAAUUAAAGCUAUAUCAACUUAUGUAAUUGCACAUGUCGCAACAAAUUUAAUUGCAUCUAUUCUUUUAGGUAAUGAUUGGAUUAAUUCGAAUCAUAUUCAUCUCUUUGGCGACCAAAACCAAUUAACUAUUCCUGAUCAACAUGGUCAAUUAAAUAUAAUCCCAUAUGUAGAACCUACAUGUGUUAAUUAUCCAGCUCUUUUAGUUCAUCAAAUUACUAUUCCUCCAUAUUCACAAGCAUUAGUCGAUAUUACAUGUAAAAUUAAUGAUGCUAAUGAUUUAAUAUUUGAACCAUAUGAACAUCAUAUAUCGAAAUUUAUUUUCAUACCACAUACAUUAUUAAACACUAAUAAACAUCAAGCCAAAAUACUACUUAUAAAUGCUCACGAUCGACAACAAACAUUACCAAGAAAUACACGAAUCGGAACUAUUUCUCAUGAAACAACAUAUUCUAUAUUUACAACAACGGAAUCUCCAACAACACAAAAUUAUUUUUUAAAUGAAAAUUUUCAACGGUCAUCUCGACAUUUCCAACAUUCUAAGAGUGGAGCUGUCUUAAACAAAAAAGACAACUCGAAUUCAACAAAAUUGAAUAUUAUUUGUGAUUUAUGUAAUGAACAUUUUUUAUCUGGAAAUGAUCUACAGAAGCAUCUACGAGCACAAUGUUAUUCCGAUCAAAUUCGAAAACAAAUACUUGACUCAACUAAACAUAUUGAAAAUCCAAAAUAUCAAUUAGCAAUUCAAGAUAUAUUAUGGCGAAAUAAAAUACUAUUCGAUCCGACACCAUCAACUAUUAAUAUUCCUCCACAAUCAGCAAUUAAAACAGGUGAUCAUCCACCCAUUUACUCGAAACAAUAUCCCGCUUCAUAUAAAGAUCAAGAUAUUAAAUUUCAAGAAACGCAAAAAUUAUUAGAACGUGGUCAAAUUGAAGAAUCAACUUCUCCGUGGUCGUCACCUAUUGUUCUUGUUAAGAAGAAAGAUAAAACUAUGCGAUUUUGUAUUGAUUAUCGACGAUUAAAUGCUGUUACAAUUAAAGAUGCAUUUCCACUUCCUCGAAUCGAUGAAAUAUUUGAUCAAUUACCUGAUGCCGUAUAUUAUACCAAAUUUGAUUUUAAAUCUGGAUAUUUUCAGGUGCCUCUAUCUAAAGAGGACCGUCCAAAAACUGCAUUUUCAACUCGUGAUAAUCAUUAUCAAUUUACAGUACUUCCACAAGGUAUUACCAAUGGACCCGCAACUUUUCAACGUGUAAUCAAUCAUAUAUUAGGACCUGCUCGAUGGCAAUAUGCAUUAGCCUAUAUCGAUGACAUAAUUAUUUAUUCGAAAACAUUCGAAGAACAUUUAUCACAUCUUAAUGAUAUUUGUACGAUAUUAAAAAAUGCUCGAUUCCGUCUUAAUCCAGAUAAAUGUGAAAUUGCUCGAACUCAAACAGAUUAUCUUGGACAUAAUAUAAAACAUGGUGAAAUUCGUCCAAGUCCAACUAAUAUAAAUGGUUUAUUGAAUACACGAUUACCACAAACUCCAGAUGAAGCUUGUAAAUUUGUCAAAGCUGCGGAAUAUUAUCGAAAAUUCAUACCAAAAUUUUCACAAAUCGCCGAACCACUUAGAAAAUUUGUUCCAACUACACGAACUCAACAAAAGAAAGGACAAAAAACAAUAAUUACAUUAACAAAUGACGAAAUCAAAGCAUUUGAACAAUUAAAAAAAUUUCUUACAACUGAUUUGGUAUUACGAAUUCCAAAUAAUAGAUUCCCUUUUAAAGUACAAACUGAUGCUUCAGAUGAGGGAAUCGGUGCGGUUUUAUUACAAAUAUAUCCAGAAGGUGAUAGACCAAUUGCUUAUCUUUCGAAAAAAUUUACUCAAGCACAACGUAAAUGGUCUCCCAUGGAACAAGAAUGUUAUGCUUUUAUUUGUGCAUUAGAUAAAUGGAAUAAUUAUUUAAAUGGAAUUAAAUUUAUUUGGGAAACUGAUCACAAAGCAUUAACACAAUUAAAUCAAAAAGCACAAAUUAAUAAACGAUGUGAGCGAUGGAGAUUAAAAAUUUUAGAAUAUGAUUACAAGGUGAAAUAUAUUCCUGGAUUAACAAAUUCUAUGCCUGAUUAUUUAUCACGAUCUCCAGUUGAUGAUGCUGAAGAAGAUCCUGAUGAAAUAUCAUUUUCCACUUCAAAAUCAACACAAACUGAUUCUGACUUUAUUAAUUACCAUUCACCUAUAGUUACUGCUGUUCAAACUCGUGCUAUGAAAUUACGAAAUGAAGUUAUAAAUUAUACAGAAGAUAGCACAAAAUUAAUCUCAGAUUCUCUAAAUACUUCUAUUGAAGAGAAUCGAAUAAUUCCAUUUUCAAUGGAACAAUUAGGUCAAGCUCAACAAAAUGAUAAUUAUGCAAAACAUAUUCUGAACAACAUCAAGAAUUAUAAAAAUUAUACAGUAAAGGAUAAUAUCUUAAUGCGAAGAUCGAAUCCUCCAGUUCCUUAUGUACCACAAGGUGACCUACGACGAACAAUCUUACACAUAUAUCAUGAUACGGCAGCAAAUGGUGCUCAUUUUGGAAGGAAUAAAACUUUACACAAAAUUAAACAACGUUAUUUUUGGCCAUCGAUGUAUAAGGAUAUUAAUAAUUAUAUUAAAUCAUGUAUUCUAUGUGCUCAAUUCAAUCCUCGUCGACAAAAACCUCCUGGUACAUUAAAACCAAUUAAACCUCCUGAUGGAGUAUGGCAAUUAGUUUCUAUGGAUUUCCAUGGACCGAUUAAUCCAACAUCACAACGUGGAAAUAAAUAUAUUAUAUCGUUUACAGAUGUAUUAUCAAAAUUCGUUGUCACGAAAGCUGUACGUGAUAAUACAGCUCAAACAGUCGUGAGAUUUCUUAAAGAAGAUAUUAUUGCAAAAUUUGGAACACCUCGCUGCAUACUUACCGACAAUGGAACUCAUUUUACAUCAACCGUAACGAAUGAAUUAUUUAAACAAAUUGGUACCACACAUUUAUAUUCAACGCCGUACCAUCCACAAACAAACGGUCAAAUUGAACGCUACAAUUCAACUAUGGAUGCUAAAAUUGCAGCACUAUCGAAUUUACAUAAAACUAAUUGGGAUGAUCAAUUACCGUUCGUUACAUUUAACUACAAUACUUCAAUUCACUCAUCAACCAAGCAUAUACCGUUCGAAAUGAUGUACGGUCGAUCGCCCGUUUUACCAUUUGAUCAUCAAGAUACCAACGUAACACUUUCAUAUGAUAAUGAACAUGUGAAAAAACUUAAUCAAUUUCUAUCAAAUUUAAAUGAACAAGCAAAAUGUAAUAUUAUUAAACACCAAGAACAAUACAAACAACAUUAUGAUAGGAAUCGUUCUAAUCCAGUAUACAAUAUUGGUGAUUUAGUUCUUGUUAAAACGCUCAACAUCCGUUACAAAUUUGAUCUUCGUUAUGAAGGACCAUUUAGAAUUAUUAAAAAAAUGACGGAAAAAACAUUUAUUAUUCAACACGUCAAGAAACAAACAUUGUAUCGUCAAGUUACAACCGAUAUAUUACUUCCAAUCUUCGAACGAAUUUAUUAA